AUGGGUGCCGGAGCAUCGAGAAACCACCACUCUAAAGGAAUACCGUCACCGCCACGCGAGAGCCUUUCGCCAGUAAAGGAUACGGUUCAACCAAAGAUUCCUGUCCAAGAUCAACAUUUCAGUCACGAAGCACAGAACAAGGACAUAAAACAGCAGGUUGAUGUUGCUCGAACCAGUCAUACGAAUACGGAUAAGAAAGCUUCACCCAACGAUACUCUUGAAACGUACAUAGUCAAACAUCCAGACCAAGCUGAGGAUCUAGAAACAAUGCUUGAAAGACUACAAGCUCUCAAAAACUUCGUUGCUAAAAAUUUAAAUGACCCUGAAGACUAUGCCACGUUGGGUAAACAGACGAUCGAGGGUUUAUUUGAAACAAGUGUCCACACUUUCGAAUCCGCUGGGACUCAAGAGGAAAAAGAGUUCAUCACACUUAUCGAAUUCACCAUUGAUGUCGGUGGCGCUGAACAAUUGAAACUUUUCGUACAACAUUGCUUUAAGAAAUUCAGCUACCUCAUUAAUGAAGAGUCCGACGAUGAAGAAGAAACUGACGACUACACAUGUUACGAUUGUCUUUCAAAUACUCUAGCGGCAAUACAAAACUUCUCAGACUUUCACCAAGGUUUUUGCUCAGCCUGUGCGGGUGCAGGUAUCAUUUCAAUGUGCUUUGAAAUCGUCAAACAAAUUGAUGCUGAAAAUUCCAACUGGGAAGAGGAAGAUGAAGACUCGGAGCUAGUUACAAUAAUUGACAACUCUAUUGGAAUUCUACAUAACAUUUCACGGCGACUGAGGGACCGUGAGCUGUUUGCUAACCGUGAGCAAACGUUGCUUUACUUUGCUAAGAAAAAAGUUCCAGCAAUUGCAGCUGAAUCUCUGCUUACUCUAGCAUAUUUAGUUGAUGAAAACACGAAUCAUCUCAUUUUGGCGGACGAGAACUUGCUUAGCUUUAUAAUAACAUUAUUAGAUGAGGCAUGGCAGUCGGAAGAUCGACAUUCGAAUGGAUAUUCUGCAAAGGAACUCGCAGAAGGCCUUGGUCACCUGGCUAUCAACGACGCCAAUAAAAAUAUUUUGGGACAAAACGGGGUCAUUCCUGUUUUGAUUUCAGUGAUCAAAACGUCGAACGAGGAUGAGGAGAAAGCCAGUGCUACAAGAGCAUUGUGGAUGCUAGCCUUUGAUGACAAUAACAAAGAAAAAGUACGUCAAGAAGAAGGGGCUAUAGACAUCUUACACCAGUUACAACAGAGCAAGAACUCAGAAGUGCAGAAGGCUGCUGCAGGUGCAUUGUGGGAACUGGAAGGGAAGACAGCUAGGCAAUCCUCAGAGAAGAUAGAAUCGACCGGGAAUCACGUGAUGAUCAGCUACCAAUGGGAUUCCCAAGAAGUGCUCUUCGAAGUGAAAAACAGGCUUCAAGCAAGUGGAUACAGAGUAUGGAUGGAUCUGGAGCAGAUGGGAGGAUCGACCUUGGAGGCAAUGGCUAAAGCUGUGGAGAAUUCUUCUGUCGUCCUUAUCUGCGUAUCCGAACGAUACAAGGAGAGCCCAAACUGUCGUUCAGAAGCGGAGUACGCGUAUCAGUUAAGAAAAGAUAUCAUUCCGCUGAUGAUGCAAUGCAAAUACCGAGGAGACGGUUGGCUUGGUAUGCUCGUGGGAACAAAGUUGUGGUUUGACUUUCAGAAUAAACAGGUAUUAGAACAAGGUGUAACGAAACUAAUUAGAGAGCUAGGGGGAAGAGGAAAGGAGCUGGACUUGACAGAUGGACCAUCCGAACCAGCAGUUCGAACAGUUCAAGCAGAUCUUCUUGUCCCACCCUCAUCCCCUGGGGUGUCUACCUGGACUAACAAAAAUGUGAAGCAGUGGUUUAAAGAAAUCGGAUUGGAAAAGGUAUGCAAAGAAGACAUUUCAGAGAUGAAUGGACAGACACUGAUAGAUCUUCAAGAGCUCCGUGGAGAAUGCCCUGAUUACUUCUAUAAAUGCAUCGAGCGCACUCUCAAACUGACAGACAUGUUUGACUUGCUAAAGUUUAGGAAGGAGCUCAGCAAACUAGUAUAA